AUGUCACCUCCAGGGUACCAGGGGCGACCAUCCGCCUCUAUCCCGUUGAACAGUAACCGACUUGUUUGUGCCGCUGAGGGCCCUCGGCACACCAGCAGCGGUGGGUACGCGGGUGCUUUCCUGAGUUCUUCGUACGUAGACGAUGUGUUCUCUAUUGACAAAUUCUGUGAGAGAACUUUUAUCAAGUUCCUAUCGGUAUCUCCGGAACGCGUCGUCUUUGAGCUGAAGGGCGUCGAUGCGGCGAUACCUAAUGCACUGCGGCGAAUCCUAAUAAGCGAGGUUCCUACCAUAGCCAUCGAGACAGUACAGAUAUGGCAGAACACUGGAGUUGUCCAGGACGAAGUUCUCGCACAUAGACUGGGUCUAAUUCCUUUCGUCGUCGAUCCGACAGCGCUCAAUUACCGACAGCCCAACCAAGAGUUCACCGAUGAAAAUGCUCUUCGCGUCUCACUCCAUGUCAAGUGCACGGAGCAAAGUCUCGGCCCUCACCAGACGAGCUUGCCGGUCUACGCCAGAGAUAUAAAAUGGGAACCGAUGUCCCCGAGCCAAAAAGAAGCAUUUGCAGCGAAUCCACCCCGCGCGGUCCAUCCUGAUAUCCUCAUAACGAAGCUCAGGCCUGGACAGGAAAUUGAAUUGAAGGCUUAUUUGGAAAAGGGCGUCGGAAAGACCCACGCGAAGUGGUCGCCGGUGUGCACUGCUGUUUACCGCCUUGAACCCGAAAUUGUUUUCAAAGAACCGAUUCAAGGAGAGGAAGCAUCAGACCUGUGCAGUCUUUGUCCGAUGGGCGUCUUCGAUGUCGAAGACACAACUGGCGAGGCCUACGCCCGGUAUCCCCGCAAUUGUACUACGUGUCGAGCUUGUAUUGAACGUUUCCCGAAUGGGAUCGAGCUCCGAAAAAUUAAAGAUCACUUCAUUUUUUCCAUCGAGUCCACUGGGUCCGUUCCCGCUCCGCUUCUUUUCAAGAUGGCCAUUGAAAUUUUGAAGGAGAAAGCACUGACGUUCCGCCAAAUCAUCGACGUCAAGCUAGCCUCUGGUAUCUGA